AUGGAUGUCGCCAGAGCCUUCGUUACAGGCCAUCCGAUGCAGGAUGUUGCUGACAUUGUGCGUUGCAACCACUGCAAACGCCCGGUACUCCGACACAAAGCCAAGGCACAUAUCGAGGAGUGUAUCCAGAAGAAGCAAGAAAAGCAGCGCAAGAAGAAGGAAGCCAAGGACGCCCGCGACGCCGCCGCGCGUAGAGCUGAACGAGAAAACGCCGACAGUGAAUCCGAAGACGAGGACAUCACCAUGGCUUCCAAGACGGCCGGCAAGACCGACGGCACCUCGGGCAAGAAGCGCAAGGCCGAGGACACAACCGAAGGCGCAAAGAAGAAGAAAAAGAAGGACGAGCCAAAGACCAAGGCUCCUCGCCCAAAGGCUCCUGUCGAUGUCGAGAAGCAGUGUGGUGUUCCUCUCGCCAACGGCGCUCAGUGCGCUCGCAGUCUGACAUGCAAGAGCCACAGCAUGGGUGCCAAGCGCGCCGUGCCAGGAAGAAGCGCUCCUUACGACAAGCUGCUGGCCGAGUACCAGCGCAAGAACCAGGCUAAGCUGCAGAGUACGUCUCUCUCGUCAUGUCUAUCUCCCACCACAACAUGCGCUAACUCUCACCCAAGANNACAAGCCCUCGAAGCCCAGCAACCAUUCCAAGACGACGAAUUCGCCCAUGCCGGUCCCAUCGACUCAGACGAAGAAAAAGACCUUGUCCUUGCCGCCAUCGCUCGUUCACAGCCACGCCCACUCUGGCAGGCUCAGCCCGUUCCCCUCAAACGCAAAUACCAAUACGUACGUCUCAGGGAGAUGAUGAGCAGCGCGCUGGGCGGAAAGGGGCUUGGUCUCUUCCGCACCGGCCCUCCACCUGACGAAUACAACAACAAUCUCAUGAAUGGCUUGGAUGCUAUGAACGCAACCCCAGACAACAGCGACAGAAGAAUGAGCGGCGUGCAACGAACAAUGGCAGGAACACACUCCCGCAAGACGAGUGGCGUUCCCUGA